CGUGGCGCUGCUCGUACUGUACAGUCCCUUUGAGCUCUCAAACGUACAAUUCUACACCAAACACCCCAAUUGCCCAAUAUGAAGCUCACAACCAUCCUUGCCCUUGCCGCGACUGCGCUCGCCGGAGAGACCAUCAACAACGAGCACCUCAAGACCGAAGUCGUAACCGCAGUCGACUGCAAGCGCCCCACCGUCGCCGGCGACAAGAUCCACGUCCACUACCGCGGCACCCUCGAAUCCGACGGCUCCGAGUUCGACGCCUCCUACAACCGCGGGCAGCCUCUGAGCUUCAAGGUCGGCAGCAACCAGGUGAUCAAGGGCUGGGACCAGGGUCUGCUAGACAUGUGCCCUGGCGAGAAGAGGAAGUUGACUAUUCAGCCUGAGUGGGCAUACGGCAGCAGGGGCGCCGGGCCGAUCCCUGCGAACAGUGUGUUGAUCUUUGAGACAGAGCUGGUCAGCAUUGAUGGUGUGAGCAAGGAUGAGUUGUAGGGCCAUAAGAUGCUAUAUAUAAUAGCAGAGGGAGAGGGAAAAAAGAUGGACAAGCACCAUUUAAGUAGUAGAACGAACAGACAAUCAGAAGGUCCGCAAUCCC